CCCUCGCACGAGCCACACCCCCUUCCCGCCGUCGCCCCGGUACGCAGCGCAGCGCGUCGACGAUCAGAAUAUUAUCGCCCUCGGGAGCCUGUGCCGCCACCGCGCAAACCCAUUCGUCCCCGCGCGAGAGUCCCCGACCGCUCUUGAACUCCAACCACCACCAUCUUCCGGGCCCAGCGCCCAGCGCCCGCCGCCCACCAUGCUCAGUCGUCCGCGAGACCCGCUCCCCAGCGUCCACAAGCUCACAGCCAUGACUGCGAGGAAUCAGCCCGUGCUCCAUUCCACAAAAGACGACAUUGGCUGCCCGGUCACCUUCAUCGAUGGACAGUUCAAGGGGCGGACGAUUCGAGCAGAGUUGAUAGAGCUGCAGAAGGCAGACUUGGGAAGAAAAUAUGCUCGAAAAGACAGGCGUCCGCUCGAUCCACCUCCGGUCGUGCAGCUCAAGCUCUAUGAUAUUCUGCGCUCAGGGACCGCUUACGAAGAGCAUAAAGAGUUCGAGAGCUACGAUGACGUGGGCGGGUUCGGUGUUUUAUGUCACAUAGAUCUCUUCCAGGUACAGCCACAAGAAGAACAGCCGACGGACCCCUCUGAAGGCCCGAAUAAGCGUCGUCGCAAGUCAAGUUCACGUACUCGUCCAAGCUCAUCUGCCGCAGCGCCGCUAUCUACGCCGACGUCCGCGUCCCCGACACCUACACCCUCUGCGGCGUCACCAUCGUUCUCUUAUGCGCCACAACAGAGUAACUCUCCUUACUCUAGCGCAUCUCCACAUACCGGCUCAAGCAGUAGCUCUUACGGCGGCCCGUACACCUUACCCCCGCCAGCUCCGCCAAGUGGUACGGGUCAGGUCACGCUCCCACCAAUAUCAUCGCUGAAUCCUCCCGGCUCGUCAUAUGGCUCAGGGUUCCAACUGCCCCCGAUGCGUCUUCCUCCGCAUGGGUUGUCAGAUCGGACGUUGCCUCCACUUCCACCGGGACCACCGCCUUCGCAUACACAUGCCCCAUACACGUUUCCGCCACCACAGCCACCUACGGUACUACCUCCACCGCACCAGCUAGCCGGCCAACCGCCACCGCCGGGGGCUACCGCCGAGUCACAAGAGGGCAAACCGGUUCGCGCGGGACUAGACGCACCUGAGGGAGUUCUGGCGUACCUCAACAGAGCCGAGAUCCGCGAGAACGACAAGUGCACCGAGGCCCUGUCCGGCGCAACGAUCGCGCAGUCGCAGAGCGUGGAGUACAUGGGCCGCAAAGUGCUGAUGUUCGUUUUCUCAGACAUCGCCGUGAGGAACGAGGGGACGUUCAUCCUGCGCUACCGCGUGUUCAACCUCUUUGGCAAGGUCCAUGGCAGGACCGAGAUCCCUGUACUCGCAGAGUGCUACGGCGGGCCCUUCCGGAUCUACAGCACCAAGGAGUUCCCAGGUCUCCGCCCGUCCACUGACCUGACAAAGCAUCUCUCGAUGUUUGGAGUUCGCCUGAACCUGCGCGAGACCGAGCGGAAGCGACGUCGCGGCGGGGGCGGCGAGGGCAGCCCUGGACCAUCGGAUGGUGCGCGCGGACGCCGUAGAAGACGCAGAAGACGCAACGACGACGACAGCGACGAAGAUGAACUUAGCGACGACGACGACUAGGUUCCUCGGUUGCGAAGACAGGAGUUGUGGUAUCUUGAUAGGAUGUGAAAGGCUUCUUUAUUGUGCUAGGUUAUUUACCGCUGUCUCGCGAAGUCCCUCCCCGCUGGGCCGCCGUCUCAGUAUGGCCCUGUGGGACGUCUCACAGUGGAGGCGUAAUGUAUUAUACGCAAAACUCCAGCUUGCUUUUUCCCACUUGGUUGUGGUUCCUGGUCGAAUAGACUAUGUCUCUUUUUAGUGCCACCAGAGCUCGCUUUCGUUUUUGC